GUUUAGCUCUAACACUCUAGAGUUCUAUACAAAAUGUGUGACAAAUGAAAAGCAAAAUACCAUAUGUUGCAUUGUUUAUCCAUCUAUUUAAUGUAAGUAAAAGUAGGAGAGGUUCAGCAGACCCCCAUCAGAAACUCACCCUCACAGCAAGGAAUGCUAGGUUUCUCUCUCUUUUCUUGUUCCUCUCUCUAUUUCAGCCUGAUGCAUAUAAAGGGUACAUGCAUUGAACUGUGUCAUUCUUAAAUCUAUAAUUUAGAAAAUGACAAGCAUGAACUUUUAACAUCUAAUCUGUGGAAUGUUAUGCUUUAAAUCUUGCAUUGAUGACCUUUUUGAUUAUAGAGUCUCUGGAUAUUUUCUAUUUAAUCCUGUUUUAUUUCUUUCUUUUUUCAUUUGCAUUGCUACAUUUGCAAGUGCAAAUGAUAAUUUUGUAAAUGUGACAUUUUUGAAAUGGAAAUGAAUGGGAGAGCCAUUUUAGAAGAGAGGAGGGGGAACUAAUGGUAUCACGGAGGAGGCACCAUGCCUCCUGCUUAUUAACAGCACUUCACAUCAUUCAGUACAUAAAUAUCAGGUGCCUGGGAAGCACCAAAGCCUCUGUACAGCGGAAAUAAUCUAUUCAUCGUGGGAAGACAGUUUAGCACCUGGACAGCUCCACUGCUUGACUUGUCGCUGCUGCACCUCCUCGCUGAAAUCGCAGCUGCACAGACUGAAUGUCACGGCUCUGCUUCCACAAGAACCCCCGGGAACUAAAGCUAGGACCUUGGAGCAUCAGGUUGGCUCUCUUUUCCUCCAGGGUGAUUGUAUCGAUCUGUUUUCCUACGACACCCAUUUACAGCAAUUUACUCUGAGCUAAUAUUGAACAAAUGUGUGGUUUUGACUCCAAAAAAGGCAAUAAGACAUUUUUGGACAAAAGUUACCUGGUAGGCAGUGUUGCACUUAUUGGGGAACUUGAAUGAACUGCAUUUAUUGUAUACUGUUUACAGGCUGCUGUAGUAAAUACACAUACAGUAUGUGAAGUUUAGCCAUUGCCCAAAGACAGUGGUUGUUAUUCGAAGGCUGGAGGAACACAAAGGAAUCUCUUUCAUGUAAAUGAGAAAUUUACUAACUAAAAGAGACUGAGGCAAGACCAAGCUUUCCAUGAGGGAUUGUUUAGAGUUGUGUGUUGUUUGUAAUAGUGGGGGGAGCCCUGAUGCACCUGUCACUUAGACAAUUGGUUUCAUGCUCCGGGGGACUCCCAGGCUUGGCAGCGCAGCUCUCUCUCUAAAGUGGCAGCUGUGGGCUCUGGUGUGACUACAGUAUGAUUAUAUGUAACAUCAGUGCGAUAAAGGACUGGGGCUCUUUUCUAUCUCAGAUCCUCCCCAGAGUCAACAAAACCCUCCGUUUGGUUCAUCAAGGUAUAAACACAGUGGAAGCUACAACCAGCUCCAUGGUUAGUGUCUUACAAGAGCCGGAGCAGACCAGCUACCUUCCCCAUACCGAACCCAUGAAUGCCAGUAAUUUCACCACGGGGCUGGAUCAUCUCAUCCAGUAUUCUUAUUCGGAAUCAGAAGAGGACCAGUUGUACAAGGAUUACAAACCUCCUCCCAAGGAACCGGUACCCUUGCCCAAGGCUGUGCUCUACCUCUUGAUGGCUGCCUUGGUGAUGGUGGCAGUGGCAUAUGCUAUUGUGGGCCAUAUUAUUAAGGAUCUUAUUCAUGACUUUAUAGACUGGAUAUUUGGCUCCAGCCCUGAAGUCAAAGGUAACAAAUCGGACAUCAAUUGUAUCAGCCAAAGUGCAAUCGAGAUGACCGAAAAUCAAGAUAUCUCCUUGUCUUCUUUACAUCAGGAGCAGUUACCCUCCCAUUCUGGAGACUUUCUUAUCUGCAUGGAUGAAAUUUCCCACAUAUCACAACAAACAUAAUAUUUUUCAAGAACUGGUUAUUGCUUUGUACAUUCCUGGAGAGCUGGUUUAAUUAUGGUGAGACGGGGACAUGAGUAACUUGUAGCUUCUUGUGUUUCAAACACAAUAAAUUUUAGGCACAGAUUUUAAUUAUUUUAAAAAAAGGACUUUUUCAGAAGAGGAAUUGUUGGCAUUUUAUUUUCCACUGUGCAAAGCUCAGAGUAUUUUACUAGAAACAAAAAUCCUGAAGACAGUGAUUUUUACAUGUUCCUUCUCAUUCACCUGUGGCAUGAAAUUGAGGAUGUAUGGAAACUACAGUAUACCCUGACUUGUCAAUCUCUUCUACGCCCAGGAACGUUUAAAUAGAGUAUACCAGCUGCUAUUUUGUAAGACUGUCUGCCGAUUCCAACAUCGUUAUUUUAUAAUAUUUUUACCUGAAGUGGGUAUCUCUGGGCAAACACAGAUAAGAGACUGCAAAAGUAGAAUCACUGGCUUUUGAUAACACAGAUUUUUAACAGGACAAUCGGACAAAUGUUAAUUCUUUUAAGUGAGAAUUUGCUGAGAUGCAGUUAUUACAAUGGAAAUGUCAUUUAAUUGUUUUGUUUGUGGUACAGUCAUUUUUUGGGCUGCUACAAUUGAACUAAGAAGCAAAUGCAGCAGGCUGGAAACCAACUAGAUGUAUUACCAGAUUUGUUUGAAAAAUGUACAUGGUAUAUGAGGUUAUGACUAUUGAUAUAAGUGUAAACUCUGUAUAAAAAUAAACUAAAGAAGGAUAGUUUUUCUAAAAAA